AAGUUGCAUAAGUUAUUUACAUAAGCUCUGCUCUAAAAAAAACUUGUUCAAACUAACCCUAAUAAACUGUUUAUCGCACUGUUCUCAAACUUAAAUUGGAGGAACCAAACAAACCCCUCCUCUUUUCCCAUCGAGAAAGAGUAAAAUAACCUAAAAUCUAAAACCCUAGAAUUUCACAUCACAGUUCACACCAAAACCAAAACUCAGAAAGAGAAAAUCACUAGCUAGCAAUGGAUUUCGACGAGUACGAGUACUUGGAGAAGACGGUGGAGGACCUACCGGAAGACAAAGAUUCAUCCAAAAAGAAGAAGACCGACAGCGCCGACACUAAAUCCGAGAGAACUUACCGGAAACGCGACGUCGACGACGAUCUAAACGGAGAAGACAGACGUAGCAAGAGGUCACGCGGCGACGACGAGAAUGGCUCUAAAAAGGAUCGCGAUAGAGAUAGAGACCGUGAACGUGAGAGAUCUUCCGGCAGGCAUAGAGAGAGGGAGAGAGACGGAGAGAGAGGUAGCAGAGAGAAAGAGAGGGAGAAGGACGGAGAGAGAGGUGGUAGAGACAAAGAGAGGGAUAAAGAGAGAGAAAAGGAGAGGGAGAGAAGAGAUAAGGAAAGGGAAAAGGAACGGGAGAGAAGAGAGAAGGAACGAGAGAGAGAAAAGGAGGAGAAAGAGAGACCAAGGAGGAGUUCGAGUCGUCCCGAGAGAGAUAGAGGAGAAAGAGUUGAGAGAGAGCGAGAUUUUGAAAAUAGAGAUGGCAGGAGAUUCAGGGAUAAGAAAGAGAAUGUGGAACCUGAGGCAGACCCAGAAAGGGAUCAGAGAACUGUUUUUGCUUACCAGAUGCCUUUAAAAGCAACGGAGAGAGAUGUAUACGAGUUCUUCUCAAAAGCUGGCAAGGUGAGAGAUGUCCGUCUGAUCAUGGAUAGGAACUCAAGACGAUCUAAAGGAGUUGGGUAUAUUGAAUUUUAUGAUGCAAUGUCAGUGCCGAUGGCAAUUGCUCUCUCCGGACAACUACUUCUUGGGCAACCUGUAAUGGUGAAACCUUCUGAGGCGGAAAAAAAUCUUGUUCAAUCUAAUGCUUCCAGUGGAGCUGCUGGUGUAGUAGGACCAUAUGGAGCAGUGGACAGAAAAUUAUAUGUGGGGAAUCUUCACUUCAACAUGACCGAGGCUAAUCUCCGAGAGAUUUUUGAGCCAUUUGGUCAGAUUGAAGUUGUACAACUGCCUCUUGACAUGGAGACAGGACACUGCAAGGGUUUUGGGUUUGUGCAAUUUGCCCAUCUCGAACAUGCCAAGGCAGCUCAGAGUUUAAAUGGAAAAUUAGAUAUUGCUGGCAGGACUAUAAAGGUUUCAUCUGUUACAGAUCAUGUUGGAAGUCAAGAUACAACUGCAAAAUCUGCAGAUUUUGAUGAUGAUGAAGGUGGAUUGACUUUAAAUGCCCACUCGAGGGCAUUGCUUAUGCAAAGGUUGGCUGGUGCUGACGUUCCCACAAGCAUUGUGAAUGGGUCGGUUCCUGUUCAGCAGGCUUUUAACUUUCCUAUUGGUAACCCAGGUGGUAUACCCACACCAGGUCUACCACAAAUUAUGCCUACUCCUGUGGUUGAACCAGUAGGAAUCCCCAGCGAGUGCUUAUUAUUGAAGAAUAUGUUUGAUCCAAGCACCGAGACGGAACCAGAUUUCGAUAUCGACAUUAAAGAGGAUGUAGAGGAAGAGUGUUCUAAAUACGGACGGGUGAAGCAUAUUUAUGUUGACAAAAGAAGUGCAGGUUUUGUGUACUUGCAGUUUGAAACAGUGGAAGCAUCAAGUGCUGCGCAACGAGCAAUGCACAUGAGAUGGUUUGCACGCAGGUUGAUUACAGCUAUCUUCAUGGAACCACAUUUAUAUGAAGCCAAGUUUAAGGGGGAAUUGUGAAGAAGUGCCUACAGGUCUCGAGCCUCUUGAAAGAUACAAUGAGUGCAAUUUUGUGGUUUAGUUUUUAUAAAUCAUGUUCUGAUUUAUAGAUUUUGAUUCAUAAAUUGUUUUAGAAGUAUGAUUACAGAAAUUGUAAUGCCCAGAUGGUGAUGAUAUUUUCGGUUCUUUUUUAAUUUUGAAUGUUGAUAUAUUUAACAAUCGCCCCUUUCUAUUUCAUCAUAAUUAUGUGAUGUAAAAUUAUCUUCUAGUUUAACCGUUUGCAAUUCA